AUGCCAAAGCAGAUCAACUUCUUCAAGGGCCACCCAACCCUUGAUCUUUUGCCCAAGAGGGCACUUUCGGAAGCUUUUGCCAAAGUCAUUAGCGAAACAGCCCACACGGACUAUGAGUCUGAUCCCGAGAACCGUCAUCCUCUUCAGUAUGGAACUGACCUCGGAAAUUUGACGGCAAGAGAAAGUGUGGCUCGUUGGGUAAACAAGCAGUUUGGAAGAACCUCAUUACAUCCAGACCAAAUCAACUUGACUGGAGGAUCCUCAUAUGGAUCACAGAAUAUUCUUUUGGCGACUACCAACACAGAGACAACUCUACAAGCAUUUGUGGUCCUGCCUACCUACUUCUUGAUCAAUUAUGCGUUUAUUGACGCCGGAUUCGAAAACAAAAUGACCGCUGUCCGAGAGACACCCGGUGGUGAGUUCGACAUAGACAUUGAAUACUUGGAAAAGAAAUUGACGGAGUUGGACGAAAAACAUGGCCUUAAGCCUGUUGGUGACAAGGAGAUCAACAUCUUCCCAGAUCCAACAGGCAGGGGUGUCAGGAAACAAUACAGAUACGUGAUGUACUUGGUACCAACCUUCUCGAACCCUGGUGGCCUCACUUACGCGGAGGCCACGAGAACCAAGCUUGUUGAACUUGCAAGAAAGCAUGACUUGCUUCUUCUCUCUGACGAUGUGUACGACCAUCUCAAUUAUGAGGGCAAGCCGCCAGUCAGAAAGCUCAGUCAGAUUGAUGAAGACACCCUUCCAGAAGGAUGGAAGUUCGGUAACACCGUCUCCAACUCUUCCUUCUCCAAGAUCAUCGCUCCAGGACUUCGUGUGGGCUGGCAGGAAACAGCCACACCGACUUUGGCACUUCAGUUGUCGGGGACUGGCGCCAACAAGUCAGGAGGUACUCCUGGUCAAUUGAAUUCAGUCGUCGUUCAGCAUUUCAUCGAAGAUGGCACGCUUGACGACACGAUUGAGCACUACAAGAAGACAUACAAGAGUAGAGCUGUGACUCUUAAGAAAGCUUUGGACGAAGCCCUUCCAGCCAAGUAUACAAAGUAUUAUGGUGGUAACGGCGGCUACUUCGUCUGGGUGGAGAUUGAGGCACCAGACGUGGAUAUCGCCGAGAUUUUAUCCAAGCUUCAAAAAGAACACAACGUCGUGAUUGCAGCAGGCGGCAACUUCGAGGUCGAGGGAGACAGCCUUGGCUGGAACAAGGUAGGCGCUCGUUUGUGCGUUGCCUUGCUUGAAGAAGAAGAAAUAAAAGAGGGCAUUGAGAAAUGGGGCCAGGUUUUAAAGCAGGCUCAUCCUCAGCUAUACUAA